CCGUAAAUCACUUCUGCGGCGUUGCCCCUCCCGGUGGCAAUGGCAACUUUAUUUAUAACCUACUUUACACACAACGAAGUUGACCAAAGUGCUACAAGUGUAUCAGAAUACGAAUAAAAGCCAAAAAUAAACUAAAAAUCACACGCAGUUGUUUUGAACGCCAGUAGAUGUCGCCAAAUAUUUUUUUUUAUAUAUACACACACACACUUGGAUGCACAUCUCAAGAUGGUUGUAAACUGCCCAUCCCACUUGGUUAAUAACCUGCCAGCAGCAAUGAAAGGAUAUGACAUCAUUAUCGGUGGCGUGCAGCCUGGUGUGUUGGGUGCUCCUUUACACCUGCCUCUGUCUCCACAACAGCCGCCGCAGCUAUGAGUGGAACUGUCGGCUGGUCACUCUGCUCCACGGGAUCCUCUGCGUGUGUGUGACAGCCUACAUAGGCUUCGCCGACGGCCCCUGGCCCUUCACACACCCAGGCGUGGAGAACACGGCGCUCCAGGUCGCCGCCAUGUCCCUCAGCCUGGGCUACUUCCUGUUUGACAUGGGCUGGUGCAUAUACUUCCACACGGAGGGACCAGUGAUGCUGGGCCACCAUGGCUUAAGCAUCCUGGGCAUCCUGUUGGCGCUGGGCUUGGGCGAGUCCGGCACCGAAGCAUGUGCCGCCCUGUUCGGCACCGAGAUCACCAACCCCCUGCUGCAGGCGCGGUGGUUCCUGCGGCAGAUGGGACGCUAUGAGGGGCUGGCAGGUGACGCCGUGGACCUGCUGUUUGUGGCGCUGUUCACGUCCGUACGCAUCGGCGUGGGCAGCUGGAUGCUCUACUGCGAGCUCGCCUCCCCCAGGCCGUCGCCGCUGAUGAAAGCCGGUUCUGUCGCCAUGUACGUGCUCUCGUGGGUGUUCAUGGUGGACAUCGCUCGCUUCGGUUUCCGGAAGAGCAGGGCCAGAUACCGGACGUGGAAGGAGCGGCGUAGGAUGCUGGAAGUCAACGGGAACCCUGGGAAGGCUGACUGAAACUGAGCUUAUGUACUGAGAGGUGAUACGGCUUCAUUGCUGUUGGGAAAGCAGUAAGGAAAAGCUAUCCGAAAAGGAGGGAAGAUUUUGGACAGUGACGUAAACAAUUUUUCUUUGAUCUGAAUUAAAGCCGUAAAGUUCAUCGUUCCCAUAUGUCACGUGUAUCUUAGGCUGUUUUAUGGAACAAAGAAGAGCUUGAAUCUUUCAUUGGAGGUUUGCUUACUGCUAGCUUCUUUAGUAAAUUCCAUUUUGAAAGGCUUAUUAUUGCAUAUCCUAGUAGCUGACCUCCUUAGGACAGCGAUGUGAACUCAGUCCUGUGAGGCCUGCCACACGUCUCCCUCUGCUGACACCAUGUCACUGUCAUUGAAUGACAAAGCUCAUUUAUGGGAAUGCAGUUCUUGGUUUCACCCACAUUGUUCUAAGUGCUCAGCCAUCAUCAGUGUGUAUGUGGGGGGGCACCCCUGCUAAUGUGGUGGCACAUCAGUGAUUUUUGGCCCUGAUCUUCAGUCUAGGGCAUUGUUUCCCAACCCAUUCCUCAGGGACCCCCAUCCAGUCUGCAUUUUUUGUCCCUCGCAGCACCUGGCCAGUGGGGAACACUGGAUAUCUGGUAUAGGAGCUGAGAGACUGUGAAAAUGAGGCCCUGUCUGGGGGUCCUUGAGGAUUGGGUUGGGAAACCAUGGUCUAGAGUAUUUCUUGUUUUGACUGGUGCAUAACUGGGGAAACCAAAGGGUCUUCAUUUGGGAUAAACAAAACCAAAUUUUCAUAUGUUCUUAUUAUCCAGGACAGGAAUGAACAGUUAUGCCACCAUUAACUGGUUCUUUAUUUGGUGUAAAACAAGUUUGAGAAACACUCAUCUUUCGUCAGCUACCAAACAUUUUUGCCUCAUUACGCCGUAUCACUGUUUUGUCAUGAUUAAUGUGUCAAAAGGAGAGAAAUGUGAUCUUAAUACCAAGGAAGACUGUUUCAUAGUGACAGGAAAGACAAAAUUACUUAACAUGAAAGUUACAACUUUUAUGUGUCUUGAUAAAAUAGGUUAUCAACUGUUAAUCAGUGACAGGUGACAGGUGUCAACACUUUGUUUACACUUUAUUUAAUAGUUAUUAGUAAAUACUAGUCUCUUUAAGCAUUUAAAUUCAACUAAUGUGUAACAUAAAUUGUUUUUGACAGAAAUAGGUUUUUUAUUAAUAUAAAAUAUAUCCAUUACUUUCAGCUAUUCCUAUAAAUGCAACUGAAUUAUUGACCACGUUAUGUAUACUUUUAAUGUACAUUUAUGCAUUAUUGUCAUGCUAGUUUUUGUCAGUUGUCAUUUUCCCGGUAAAUGUUUGAUGGAAACCUCUUAUAUUCAAUGUAGUAUUUAAUGCAACCGGUAGAUGGCAAUAAACCCAAACUUUAUUGCUGAACAUUGUAAUCCGAGCGCGAAAAUUGUAGAUGAUAAUUAUAUAGGACAAAUUUCUAUUCCAUUUUCUUUAAAGAUGGAAAAUAGUCGUACCAAUUUGACCUAUUUAUGUUUACUAGCGCCAUUAGUGAAUAUAAGUGUUAGAACUAUUAUCAAAAAGUCCAUAGUAGUGAACAAAAAACCACUAGGCUGAAUUUUCCUUCAACUGAGUUCGGAGAUAAACCUUUGCCCAGAAAAGUGUAAAACUAGGUCAGUAUAAGAACAGUUGAACUAAUGAUAUACUGCAAGGUCGCUUUCAGUCUAGUAGGGUAAGACACAUGUUGAGACAAAAACAUUUGUUUCCAGUUAUAGUUUGGUACAGUAAGCAAAUAUUGACAAUUUGUACAGGACCCAUUAGGAGACUAAUUGCUGCUAAUUACACAAAUCUUACAUCUCUAAAUUUAUGUGCAUAUUCAAAUUUAGAUUAGGUUUGUUGAAGUCACUUGGAUAAAAUGAUUAAAUGCUAUAAGUCUACAUAGUUUUAUUAAUCAUGAACUGUGUAUGUGAAAAGCUUCCAAAUAAAUUCAUUGAUGCGAUGAUGUGUAUUAUUUUAAAUGCCACUUCUGUCUAAAAUGUCAUUAAAAAAUUUUUUUGCUUUAAAGAA